AUGCGGCGAAGAAAGCGGUGCUGGAGUUCAUGUGCGUACAACAUCAGCGUCCAUUUGCCGAUCACAUUACCUACUGAUCUUUCCAGGAGCCGGAAUGGUCGCCACAACACCACCGUCCACGAGCGUGUUGCCCCCGCCAUCUAUCACGAAACCAUCUCGCGCCACGAGCACGAAGAGCUGGUGACGGUGAUUGAGAAGGAGUUCACGCAAGAUCACUUCCACACCUCCGUCCAACCCAUCACCGACUCGGAGACGGCCGAGGAGCAACAUCAUCACAACAACCUGCCCGUCGAAGAUCGUCACUUUGAACACGAUGAUAUCGAUGACCGUGACAGCCGUCUGGCCGCUGAGCGGGAGAAGUUCAAGGAUGAAACUUACCAUGUCAAUGGCGAGCACACCCAGAAUGUCGUCCCUACCGUGACGGGAGAACGCAUUCAUCAUCAUGUCCACGAAAUCAUCCAACCUAUUGUCAACAAGAUGACCAUCGAGCCUCACAUCAUCCACAGCACAGUGUUGAUCCGUGAGAUUCAUCACAACGCGUCGAAGCACCACAUCCUCUCCGCUCUGCCUGCCGUCACGAUGGCCGAGUUCAAACGACAAGGUGGUGUUCUCGUCGGCCGCGAAGAGCGCUGGGACAGCUUCGAAGGCGAGCCACGCUCUGUUGGAGGUGUCCUCGGCACGCCUCAUACAGCAACAACUGGCAGUGCUGCAGCGAACGAGUAUUGUCACUCCCCAUUCAUUACAAUUGGCUGUACACUAACAUCCCCAGUCAACCAACCCCAAGCGUCACCGUCUCAUCCGCCCCCUCAGCCCCCGAACGCCGCUCUUCCCUCGCCCAACCACAAUCCCAAUCCCAAUCCCAAUCCCAAUCCAGCCCAGACACCAACAAACCCCUCCCAACCCCCUCAGCGCAAGCCGUAA